ACGAACUCAACCACUCGGCCACGGGGCCAGCCCCUCUUGUAGCAGAUUUUUAAAGUUUGUAUUCUUUCCCUGUUCGUGCAAUACACCAGGCAGGGUGCUUGCUGACUUUUGUUUUCCCAAAGGUGGUGCUAGAGCUCACGUUUGUCGUCUUUCUCUGGCCUGCAAAUUCAUGCUGACUCUCUCAACAUGCUCACUAGCCAUCUGCUAAAGCUCACUCUCACCACGACCAUUAGGAGUGCACACAGGGCCCCAGCUACGGGGUAGGGGUCUGGGUGUGUGUCAAGCCUGCAGAGCUCUGGGGGUGCUGUGGGGCAGUUGGGGGUAUCUACAAGUAAAGCGUACCCAGCAGGCUUCUUGAUAGAGUCUACAACGCAGUUAGUGGGAUCUGCAUCCCUUUAAUGCCCUAUGAAAGUCCUGUUUGCCCCCCUCACAGAGUCUUCCCACCCCCCAGUCAUACAGUUCAGAAUCCUGUACUCUGGGUGGGGCGAGAGAGAAAUGAGCCUCUUUGCCACUGUCCUGCACAGCUAGGAAGCCAGGUGCUCACUCACACACUCUCACUUUCCUCCAUGGAUGAGAUCACGGGCCAAGAAGAUCUCUCAAGGUGAGAUCUUCCUAAGCUGUGCUGCCUCAGGGGACAGGUGAGGUGAGUAAAAUGUAAGACCAUUCAUCUUACCCUCUCUGAUGAGUUCAAGCUCAUAUUUUUAGUCUCAGCGGUGUGCUGAAACUUCUCUGCUGAAGACCUGAACUUCCACAAAGGCUCUGUCAUUCAUGGGUGAUUGUCAAAGAUGGUUUUUUUCCAGGGGCUCCUGCACCACAACCAAGAGGGGCUAGAGUCAGUUCAUGGGUUGCUGCAGUGUCUGCAGCCAGGACUGAAGUCUGUCUGCCUAUUACCCAACGUAUGGGUGGUUGAGACUCCUUAGCACAGUGGGUAAGGGUAGUUUCCUUGGCAUAUGGUGCUGGAUCCCACAGCUCCCAUGAAGGCACUUUUGUCCAUGGAUGGAUGCCAAAUUGUGGUGACGGGGGGACACAAAUAAGGGAUGUCUUAUUCAACCAUAAUCUUUGUUUUCUUAAACCUAUUUAUUUCAAAGACCUUGAUCUUCAGAGAAAAGGGUUCCAAAAGAGGAUUCCUCAUCAGUCCCACAGCCUACUCUGAACCGUUAGUGUUAGGAACAGUGACAUUCAAAGAUGUGGCUAUUGACUUCACCCAGGAAGAAUGGCAGCAAUUGGAUCCUGCUCAAAGGAACCUGUACCGGAAUGUGAUGCUAGAAAACUAUAACAACUUAAUCACAGUGGGCUGUCCAUUCACCAAACCUGAUGUGAUUUUCAAGUUGGAGCAAGAAGAAGAACCAUGGGUGGAGGAAGAUGUGUUAAGGAGACACUGGCCAGGAGAAAUAUGGGGAAUUGAGGAGCAUCAGAAAAUCCAGGACAGACUUUUGACACAACUUGAAGAUAAAUUCACAAAACCACUGACUGAAGAAAAAGUCAAUGAAUGUCAUAAGAAAUUUGCAAAUGCAUUUACUCUGAAUUCAGACUUUUUUCCUUCCAGUCAUAAUCUGUAUGGCUAUGACUUAUUUGGAAAGUGUUUAGAACAUAAUAAUUUUGUCUAUUGUAAUAAUGAGAGAAUCCUUAAAUAUAAUGAACCUGUGAAAUCAUUUGGCAAUAGCUCAUCCCAUCUUGUAGUAACCCCGUUUAAGUGUAAUCAUUGUGGAAAAGGAUUCAGCCAAACCUUGGAUCUCAUCAGACACCUGAGAAUUCAUACUGGAGAAAAACCCUAUGAAUGUAAAAAAUGUAAAAAAGCCUUCAGCCACAAGGAAAAACUCGUUAAACAUCAUAAAAUUCACAGUAGGGAGCAGUCUUAUGAAUGUAAUGAAUGUGGGAAAGCUUUCAUUAAAAUGUCAAAUCUCAUUAGGCAUCAAAGAAUUCAUACUGGAGAGAAACCCUAUGCAUGUAAGGAAUGUGGGAAAUCCUUCAGCCAGAAAUCAAAUCUCAUUGAUCAUGAAAAAAUUCAUACUGGAGAGAAACCUUUUGAAUGUAAUGAGUGUGGAAAAGCAUUCAGCCAGAAGCAGAGCCUCAUUGCACAUCAGAAAGUUCAUACUGGGGAAAAACCUUAUGCAUGUAACGAAUGUGGUAAAGCCUUCCCUCGAAUUGCCUCCCUUGCUCUUCACAUGAGAAGCCACACAGGAGAAAAACCUUAUAAAUGUGAUAAAUGUGGAAAAGCCUUCUCUCAGUUUUCCAUGCUUAUUAUACAUGUGAGAAUUCACACAGGUGAGAAACCCUAUGAAUGUAAUGAAUGUGGAAAGUCCUUUUCUCAAAGCUCAGCCCUUACUGUACAUAUGAGAAGUCAUACUGGUGAGAAACCCUAUGAAUGUAAGGAAUGUAGAAAAGCCUUCAGCCACAAAAAAAACUUCAUUACCCACCAGAAGAUUCAUACUAGAGAGAAACCUUAUGAAUGUAAUGAAUGUGGGAAAGCCUUCAUUCAGAUGUCAAAUCUCGUUAGACACCAGAGAAUUCACACUGGAGAAAAACCCUAUAUAUGUAAGGAAUGUGGCAAAGCCUUUAGCCAGAAAUCAAAUCUCAUUGCUCAUGAAAAGAUUCAUUCUGGAGAGAAACCCUAUGAAUGUAAUGAAUGUGGUAAAGCCUUCAGCCAAAAGCAAAACUUUAUUACACAUCAGAAAGUUCACACUGGAGAGAAACCUUAUGAUUGUAAUGAAUGUGGUAAAGCCUUCUCUCAAAUUGCAUCCCUUACUCUUCAUCUGAGAAGUCACACAGGGGAAAAGCCUUAUGAAUGUGAUAAAUGUGGGAAAGCCUUCUCUCAGUGCUCAUUGCUCAAUUUACAUAUGAGAAGUCAUACAGGUGAGAAGCCCUAUGUAUGUAAUGAAUGUGGAAAAGCUUUCUCUCAAAGAACUUCCCUUAUUGUACACAUGAGAGGUCAUACAGGUGAGAAACCCUAUGAAUGUAAUAAAUGUGGAAAAGCCUUCUCCCAAAGUUCAUCCCUUACUAUACAUAUACGAGGUCAUACAGGUGAGAAACCCUUUGACUGUAGUAAAUGUGGAAAAGCCUUCUCUCAAAUCUCAUCUCUUACACUUCAUAUGAGAAAACAUACAGGUGAGAAGCCUUAUCAUUGUAAUGAGUGUGGUAAGGCUUUCAGCCAAAAGUCACACCUUGUUAGACACCAGAGAAUUCAUACUCAUUAGAAAUAGAAACCUCAUGAAUAUUGUGAAUAUGGAAAAGCCUUCAGAAGGAAUUAGUACCUCCUUGCACAUUACAUAAUCAGUUCUAGAGGAAAAAACUAUGAAUGUGGGAAAGUCUUUCAAAGAAGUCACACAUUUGUGAAACAUAAGAAUUCUUACAGAGCUGACAAAUUGUAUAAUGCAAAGCUGGUCAUCAGAAACCUUCAGCAGACAUCUUAUCUAUUGAUGAUAUUUAUUCAGCAUUCUCAUUAAAAUCUGAAACAAAGUAUCUGCUGUCAGCAUAUCAGCAUGAUACUUGAGCUUCUAGCCAAUGUAUUAAGCAAGAAAAAAUUGUGAAGAAAGAUAAACUAUAAAAUAACCUUUUAUAUGAGAAGUAGUUAAUUAGAAAAUGUGUUGAUAUAAAAUAUCCAAGAAUAAACACAACAAUGAAUUUUGAGAGAGAUAUAUAUAAAGUUAUAAAACAUUUUGAAGGGCUCAAAAGAACACCUGAAUCACUGAGAAAAAUGAUAUUGUCUGAAAAGAUUUGCCAUUUUAAAAAACAUAAAUUCUCUCACACACCUUUGAGUUUAAGUUUAAAGUACUUCCACUCAAAGUUUUCACUAGUUAGUUAUAUUUUAAGAAUUUCACAAACAUUCAAUAUUUCAUAUAGGAAUGUAAAGAAGCACAAAUAGCUGGAAAAAAUGUUAAAAACAAAAGAGAAGACAGUUUACUAGAUAUCAUCACAUACUUGAUUUAAAGCUAGCGUCAUUUAAACAAUGUUCUUGAUGAGUAAAUAAAUCAAUCAGUGGAAAGAAAUUGAGGUUAGGAGGAAGGAGACAUGGGAAUUUUGUGUAUGAUAGUGCUAUUGAGAUCAUUGCAGAAAGCAUAGCCUGUUCAAUUAAUGGAAGAUUCAUGUGAGCAAAAAUGUUAGUGCUCUACUUUAUGCCAUACAAAAGUAAAAUUCAAGUAGAUUGAAGACCAGAAUAUAAAAAGCAAAAUUCUAAAACUAUGAUGGAAAUAGAAUAUUAAUUUAGAGUAACAGGAUUUCUCUAAAAACACAUGAAUAUGGAACAGUCCAUUCUAGUUUGGUGUAUUGGCUUCAGAGGCACCCACAUAUGUGCGCAGAGAUAUAUCUCUAUCACUAUGUUCACUGCAUCAUGGUUUGUAUUACUCUGAAUUGGACAUAACAUAUUUCCAUUAGUAGAGAGAUAGGUUAGUUGAUGUAAUUAUUUCUAUGGUAGAAUACAGUUUUAGAGGGGAGAUACAAAUUAUUACAUGGAUAGAUCACAAUAUAUAAUAUUGAGAGAAAACAGCAAAAUGUACAAUGAAACAUGAUAUAACAUUUGUAUAAAUUUAAUAAUGCAAAGAACAGUACUGUGUAUUGAUCCUGGAUCCAUAUAUGACAUUGGUUGCCUUUUAGGAACUGGGAAAGGUCUGGAGGGAGUUGUUAUAUUUAUCUGUAAUAUUUCUUUAAUAAAAGAAAAAGCAAAUAUGACAGUGGUAAGAAAUCUUGUCAAAAUUAUGUUGAUUUUAAAAUAUUCUUUCUUGCCUUUAUUUUUGUCUUUCUAUAGAAUAAGAAUCAGAUGGGUGGAGGAAAUCUGGACCUAUAGAAACAAUUUUAAAAUUUAUUCUUAUUUUUGAUCAGAUACUAAUAUUUAUGGAAAGUUAUCUUUACUAAUACACAAACCAAACCUGAAUUAAAAUAAUAAUUUGCUUCUGAUAAUGUUAAUUAGGAUAAUAAAAGUCAGCAGUAUAUAGCAUUUGUUUGAGGUCAAUUUU